CUGGUGCCCACAGCAGCAGCUCCAUCUCCUGAGGAUGAGGUGGCCCAGGUGAAGUGUGGGCCAGGCCCCAUGGCCAGCUCGAGGACCGAGGUCCACUGGGCUGACCUGGGCCUGGAGAAGGGGCCCCGGCGACGGUGGAGGCGCUGGGCCUGGGCCGAGGAACAGGAGGAUGCCCAGGGGAGUGAUGCCCACGGCUGGGGAGAAGGGCCCUUUCCUAACACCACCAGCCCUGAGCUCCUGGAAGACUUUCGCCUGGUCCAGCAGCUCCUGCCACCCCUGGAGUGGAACCCACAGGCUGCUGGGCAACAGGAUUCUGAAUCCGAAGAGUCUGCAAGAGAGGAGAUCAAAGCGGAGGAUGUGGACUGCCCAGAAAGUUCCAACUUGCCACUCUACUGGUUCCCUCAGCAGGAUCGUCAAUCAGAUAUGACUGAAGAGGAGCUGGAUGAGGCCCUUGGAAGUCCUCAGGAGGCUGAGGAAGCUAGAGAGAGCUCCCCAAAGUCAGGGUACGAGGCUGGUCUCAACUCAGAGGGCAACGGAAGCCCCAGCUCUGUGGUGCUGGGUCAGGGUCAGGCCAGAGGCUGGGUGGCCUCUGGCAAUGAAGCCAGUGGGGACAAGCUUGCAGAACAUUCUGAAGUCAGCCCGUCUGUAAGGUCCUGGAGCAGUGGGACUGUGAGCCUCGGCCACCCCAGUGACAGCCUUGAUUCUACCUGGGAAGGAGAAAUCCAUGUCCCCCAGCCCACUGCUUUGGCAGAAACUGUACCACGGAGCUCCAACUGCCACCUCUUAAAUCCAGGAGACAGAACUAGAGGAAGUGUUGCUCAGGCAACCCCCACAGAAUUCCAUGACUCUUCACCACCCCCACCCCAGAGCCUUCAGUGUCCUGGAGAUGGAUGGAGAGACACCACCAGACUCUCCUACCUUCAGCCUGGGGACCAAGCCUGGAAACGGACAAAGAUACCCCCUAAGUCACUCCCUUCCCGAUUCACUGGCUCCACCACCCCUCCUAAUCCUCGGUCUAGGCCAGCCCGACAGAACAGACUGCCCAGGCAGGGAGCCACUCUGGCUGGCCGCUCUUCUUCUGAUGCCUCCAAGUAUGGUCGGGGGCGGCUGAAUUACCCGCUUCCUGAUUUCUCCAAGGUGGGACCCCGGGUGAGGUUCCCCAAAGAUGAGAGCUACCGCCCACCCAAGGCCAAGAGCCACAGCUGGCAGCCUCAGGGCCCUGCAAGGCCCCUGAUCUUCAAGUCGCCUGCCGAGAUUGUACGGGAUGUGCUGCUGGGCAGCAGAGAAGCCUCCCCAGCUACUAAGGACCCUCCUCCUGCCCACCCCGUGACCAGGGUACCCCAAGAGUUCCAGACACCAGAACAAGCCACCAAGCUGGUCCAUCAGCUCCAGGAGGACUACCACAAGCUCCUCACCAAGUAUGCUGAGGCCGAGAACACCAUUGACCAGCUGCGCCUUGGGGCCAAGGUAAACCUGUACUCGGACCCACCCCAGCCCAGCCACAGUGUCCAUAUGGGAACAGUGUCUCAGGGGACAAAGGUCUUGUCCUUCACCAUUCCACAGCCCCACACAGCCAAGUGGCAGGCAGGCACCAUGGAGGCCCCUCAGGCCUCUGAAGCCACAGGGUGGCAGUCAGCCCAAGGAGACCUGAGUCCCUCCUCACCUGUCAUCGUCCCCACCCCAGGGUGGCUUCCAGAGAACCAGGGUGUUGCCAAGAGCCAGCCUUCAGUGGAGCGGACCGAGGCACUGGCUUUGCAGGCCAGCCGGUUCCUGGCCAAGGUGGAGUCCUUUGAAGGCCUGGUACAUGCGGGACAGCUCACACCACAGGACCAACUCAAGGGCUUCCAGCGGCUGAAGGCUGCCCACACAGCUCUAGAAGAGGAGUACUUGAGGGCCUGCAGGGACCAGCACCUGGCCCAGCAGCCUGCCAGUUCCAAGGGGACGCCUGGGAAAUUUGAUCCUGGCAGGGAGCUGGAGGCGGAGAUAUUCCAGCUAGGAAUUCGCUUGGAAGAAUUCAAGAACCACAUGGAUCAGUACCAGCAGGAGCCUGAGCAGACAGGGUCAGACCCGGCUCUGGAUGGCCCUCCAGCCUUGCAUUCCCCCAGCCAGCCAGGGGGCCUGCUUUCUCCUUCUGGACAAGCCCUCAUGCCAGCCAGCCACACCUCCUACCCUGAGCCUGAUGCUACUGGAGCCGGCUCCUGCUCUUCACACGUGGACGUGGAGGUGAGCUGCACCAGCAGUGAGGCGGAGGACGGACCACGGCAGCUGCCAGCCCCACUCAGGCACAAGGAGCUUCAGAUGGAGCAAGAUUUCCAUGGCCUCCUGGAGCGGUAUAUCAGUGUGAAGUCCCUGCCGGAAGCCAGGAGGGUCGAGGAGGAAGAGGAGGAGCAGGGACGUACCCUGGAAGUUGAUGGGCCAGCCCCAGCUCCAGGGCAAGGAGAGGCCACCAAGCACAGCCCAAGGCAGCUCCCGGGACAGGCUGAGAGCACUCAGGGCACCCCCGUCAAGGAGACCAUGGAACAGAUGGUGCCUGUGAAGCCAUCGGGCACCAGAGACGGGUGCCCACCAGGCCUGGGUAGGGCCGAGGCAGCCCCUCCACGGCCUGGCAUGCUGCACCCGCCUCAAGGCAACAAGUCUGCGGCGUCCCACCAGAGCAGUAUGACCAGCUUGGCGGGAAGUGGCAUCUCUGAACGCCUUCCACAGAAGUCUUUCCACCAACCUGGCAGGCCCCACCCGGAGGAGCCCUGGAUGGCAUCCCCAGAGACAGACAGUGGCUUUGUGGGCUCAGAAACCAGCAGAGUAUCACCCAUCACACAGAUCCCAGAGCACCGACUCUCCCACAUCAGCACCCUGGGGACAUCAGGCCAGCCCUUCCCUGCAUCCGUGCCCCAGGAUGGAGCCUCCCACUCCAAGGCCAGGGGUCCUCUGGUCCCCAGAACAGCUGCUGAGCCCAGCACACCUAGGAGCCGAGCUCAGAGGUACCUCUCCAGCCCUGGCAAUCCUCUCCAGCAGAGGGCACCGAGCUCUCACCCAGAACGAGCUCUGGUGACAAAGAUGGCUGCCCCUUCCUCAGAGUUCAAGGGGCGAAAACGGAUUUCUGAACAGUGCCCCCGCAGCAGGGCACUGAGCCCGUCUCCCACCCCAGCCCCUACAGCUGCCCCACCGACACACAGACCCACAGAAACCACUUCCAGCCUCCUCCUCACCAGGACGGGGCGAGACCAGGCCAUCCGCGAGCUGCAAGAAGAAGUGUCCCAACUCCGCUUGCAGCUAGAGGACAGCCUACACCGGCCAUCUGAGGGCAGCCCGACACGCCCUGAGUCCAACCGCCCUGCUCGGACCCGGGACCGGCCAGCUGAUUCCUUGGUCACCUGGGGCUCCCACUAUGGCAGUAAAUCCACAGAGAGGUUGUCUGCUGAGCCUGGAGGUGCAGAGCAAGCCAUCCUCACAGGGAGGCGGAGAGCCAGGUCCUCCUCGGUGCCUCGGGCGGUGCCCCAGCUGUCCCUGACCUCUGAAUCUGAGCCAAACUCCCCCCGGCUCUUCUCUGAGAAGCGCAGGACUCCCGAGGACAAUCCACAGGCAGCUCAGGACAGAAUGAGAGGAGGGGGCAGUGCUGGACGGCCAGACAGGGUCACCUUCUGGGGCCACUACACAGGCCAGGAGUACCAUGUCCUGUCCCCCAAGACUGUCCAGAGAGGCAGGGGCAGAGUUUCCUGUCCCCACUGCUGGUCCAUUAGGACCCAGGACCCAGGCCGCGCUGCCACCAAGGACCCACCGGGGCCGUCUCCGACCGAUACUCCCCGGUGCCCCGUGUGUCAUCAAGUUGUGCCCCCCACGGAGAACGAUGGCCCAGACACAGCCACCUCUGGAGCAGAAAAGACCACCACAAAGAGAGACGCACCUUCCAAUUCCAGCCCCAGGCAGAAGAGCAAGCCACCGGCAGAGUCGCCCCAGCGCCCACCCGCGGGGCUGUGGUACCUGGCAGCCCUGCCUCCAGCACCGGCCCCUGCAGCCUUUGCCUAUGUGUCCUCAGUGCCCGUUGUGCCUUACUCACCAGCCACUGUGUACUAUGUGCCCCCAGGACCUACCUCAGCCCCCUCAGCCCGAGCAUCUGCAGAGUGGCCCCCUGAAGCCUCCUCCCGGCCGGCCACGGGGCACCGGCACUCCGUCCAGCUAGACCUGGCCAGCCUGGAGGAACUCAACAAGGCGCUGAACCGAGCUGUGCAGGCUGCCGAGAGCGUCCGCUUCACCACCAAGCAGAUGAGCCGCUCCCUGUCAGCCGACCUUCGCCAGGCCCGCAGCCUGCGGGGCUCCUGCCUCUUCUGA